AUGAACAUGAGCAACAAAACAAAGGAUUACAAAAUAAUACCUUGGAACACUGAAACAGUCUAUGCUUUGGGAUUCUAUAGAACUUUAACUCGAACUCUUGGAAUAUGGCCUUUGGAUCAAAAAAAUAUUUUUUCCCUAGUUCAAGUAGCAACCAAUUCCACAUUACAACUCAUAAUAAUAAUAAUAUUUAUUUACAAAUUAUUCACCAUAGGAAAUUGUAGUAUCAUUACAGACAUAGUGGAUGCAUUGAGUCUAGUUGGAACCAGUAUUCUAUCAAUCAUGAAAAUGGUGUUACCACAUAUUCAUAGAGAGAAAUUAUUCCUAAUUGUCAAUUCAGCAGUUGAAGAUUGGGCUGACAUUCGUGAUAGCAAGUCCAGAAAAAUUAUGUUAAAAUAUGCCAUGAUUGGACGAGUAGUUUUCAUGGUUCAAAUGAUAGGAGCUUAUAUACCAAUAACAAUCCUUAUCUUCAGUAAUCUUCCGAAUUUAUCUACGGUUUAUACUGAUUCUAUCAACAUCAGUGAAAUUUCUUAUAGAAAAAUUCCUAUUGGACCGAAUUGUUGGAUAUCACCGACGAUGCCUCCACAACUCUAUCUUUUAUUGUACGGUCUCAUAACAAUUCAUCUGAUUAUCUUGAGUACUGCAACUAUUGGUGGUGAUGUUUAUAUAUUUGGUAUUGCAAUGCAUGUGUGUGGACAAUUUGAAAUUCUCUAUCACAACAUGGAAAAGCUUGAUGGAAGUGAUGAUUAUCUAACUCUUCGAGCAAAAAUAAAUCAAAAUUCUUACAGACAUAGUAUUCUUCUUGACUUUUCUAACAAGUUUGAAGAAAGUUUCAGUCUGAUUUUCCUGGUGCAAGUGGCAGCAAAUACCUUUCUGCUUGGAAUAUCGAGUAUUCUAUUACUUUGGGCCCUUAAUGCUGGUGAUAGUGAAAUUAUUAUAGGUUCUCUGGUUCGGAUAUAUCUCUUGUAUUGUCAACUAUACAUGUACAGCUACAUUGGUGAAUCUUUAUCACAUCAGUCUGAAAAAUUACAAGUAGCUAUUUAUAAUUGUAAAUGGUAUGAAAUGUCACCACGAUUAUCACGAGAUUUAGCAUUUAUAAUGAUGAGAAAUAAUUACCCCUUUCAUCUGACAGCUGGUAAAAUUAUUAAUAUGAAUAUUUCCAGUUUUAAAGAUCUUGUUAAAACUAUGUUUUCAUAUUUUUCUAUCAUGAGGCUGAUGUUUGAUACUAAUGGUGAUUAA